AUGAGCACAAUACAAGAUGAUAAUUUAAAUGAACAAUCUACUAAAACUACAAAAAGAAAAAAUCAGAAAGUUGGUGCAAGAAAAAAUGUUAAAGAAAAUUAUAAGGAAGUAAAUAUAAAAGAAGGAAAUAGUCAAUUUUGUCAUCGUAAUUUUAAAUUAAUAUCGUUAUCAUUAGGAUAUAUUAUAAAUACUUUUUUUUAUUUUUUGUUCAUUCAUAUUUUUAGUAAAAUUCUUGAUAAAUUUAUAUAUAUGUUGUCUAAAAUAUCAGAAUAUGAUUAUAAUGAUAGUUUAGUAAUAGGGUCUAUUAAAAUUAUAAUUAUUUUAUCCUUAUGGUAUAAAUAUUUCUCUGGUGGUUAUGAUGGAGAUCCUUUUUUUCAGUUUUUCAAACAUCAUUUUAAAUUAAUCAACAAAAGUAAAAAAACAAAAAAUAAAAUAAAAUGA